AUGCCAGAAUUGCGUGACUUGGACGCCACGACUUCCACUACUGCAAUCAAUGUCACGUUAUCACAGACAACUUCUACCAAUCUGGGAUAUACUUCUAGCGGUAAAGACUGGAUAGUGAUACUUUCAGGUGUAAUAGGUGUACUUGUCAUUGUAUUUCACUGUGUGGCAUUUUUUUUGAAAUGGAAAUGUCAUCGUAAGGCCAGUGAAGAGGAUACUGAAGAUGAACCACUUUCUGUAGAUGUACCUUAUAAAAGUUGGAGAGAUUCUAAGAAGAAUCGAAAUUCAGAAACGGAAGCUUUAUUACAGGAGACAGUACAUGAACAGCGGAGUAGAGGAGAUACAACUCUAGAAAAAGAUAUUCUGGAGAGUUGGAGGGAGGAUGACAGAAUGUUUGUCCCAACAACAGCAAGUGAAUUUGUAGAAGAAAAAAUUAAAAGUCAAAAUCUGGUUACGGUUGUUGGAAACUCUGGAUGCGGAAAAACAGCAAUUAUUCAACACAUCGCACUUAAGUAUAAAGAAGAGAAAGGAUGGGAUAUCAAACCUGUCGAUGAGGUGAAAGAAAUUAAAGAAAUAGGUUCACCUGAAUUCUUGCCAGAUAAUCAGACACUGUUUGUUCUAAAUGAUCCUAUUGGUAAGGAGACAUUAGACGACAUUUCAUAUAAUUCAUGGAAAACGUAUGAGAAAACGCUAGCGAAUUGCUUAAAGAAGGUUAAAUUAUUGGUGUCAUGUAGAAGAAGUGUCAUGAAUGACAAGAGAUUGGAAGGGAUUCUCAAAAAGGACUCAAACAUAGUAGAAAUUGACAGCGAGAAAUGGAAACUAUCGGAGGAAGAAAAAAGGCAGAUCUUAAAUAAAUACUGUCAACAUAUGGAUAUAUCUGAAGGGAAUGUCAGGGAAAUGAUCAAAACGGAAGCUUAUUUUCCCUUGAUUUGUAAGUUUUUUUCACUUCACCCGAAUUACAGGGAGAAAGGAGUAAAUCUCUUUAAAAAUCCCUUUCUGUUCAUAAGACAGGAAGUCGAAUAUUACAAGAAAUUGGACCAAAAAAAAUAUUGCGCCUUACUUUUGAUCGUGGUAUUUAACAAUAAUUUAAAUGUUCAUUCUUUUAGAAAAGAUGAAAGCUCUUCACAAAAAUAUAAAGACAUUUUAAGAAUAUGUAAACUUAAAGAAAACACGCAGGUUUCAGACAUUUUCAAUACUUUAGAUGAAAUGAAUGGAUCGUAUGUUAAAUGUGUCGGGCAUGUUUUCCAAUUCCUUCACGACUUUAUUAUGGAGAUAACGACAUUGGUGUUUGGUAUUGAUUGUCCACGAGAAACAAUACAGUACGCCGACAGUGGUUUUUUGCGAAGACGAAUGAGAAUAGAAAACGAUACAGAAGAGGAAGAUCGCGAUCCCUUCAUUGUUUACCUGCCUGAAGAGUACAUUGGUGAUCUUGUAGACAGGUUUAUUAUUGAUAUGCAAACAAAACACCUUUUAGAUGUUUUACUCAACCCAUGUUUUAGAAAUGAGAAUGUGGUCAAAUCUUUUAAGGAAAAAGUGGAUUCGUCCGAAAAGCUUCUGGUAACAAUUAAAUGUGAAAUAGACGAAAAAGAAUUUCCAAAAUCAUUUGAGGGCACUGGUUUUUCUAGACUUUGUUUACUUGAUAGGCAGGAUGAAAUAUGUCCUUUGAUUGGACUUAUCGUAUUUUGUCACACUGAAAUUUCUUCAUUUUUCUUAAACAGUAUCCCUGAAACGAAGUUGAAAGAAUAUCCUAUAUUCUCUGCCAUGUGUGCAAAUGGCGAUUUAAACCUGAAAGAAAUUCUCAGCGAGGGAUUUAAAAAAAGAGCCAUAAAAGAAAUGUGGGAUGACUUUUUACCAAUUCACAUUGCUUCUGUAUUUCAUAACUUUCCAAUAAUUGAGGAAUUAGUAAGACUCGGUACUGAUGUUAACAAGUUCAUCACUGAAUAUAAAUUGACUCCAUUAUUAUUAGCUGUUGCAAAUGACGACGAACAUUUUAAAGAAGCUGGCAUGGAUACAAAUGAGGGGGAAAGACGUAAUGCAACCAUUAUUUGCUUAUUAAACAACGGCGCCGACAUCAAUCACUGUAACAAUGAUGGAGCCAGUCCCCUUUAUAUAGCUUGUGAAAAUGGACAUGGUACCACGGUACAACUUUUACUGAACAAAGGUGCCGACAUCAACCUAUGUAACAACAAUGGAGCCAGUCCUCUUUAUAUGGCUUGUCAAAAUGGACAUGAUAGCACGGUUCAACUGUUACUGAACAGCGGUGCCGAAAUCAAUUUAUGUAACAAAGACGCAGUCAGUCCUCUUCUCAUAGCUUGUCAAAAUGGACACGACAGCACAGUACAAAUGUUACUGAACAACAAUGGUGACAUCAAUUUAUGUGACAAGAAUGGAGUCAGUCCUCUUUAUAUUCCUUGUCAAAUUGGACAUGAUAGCACGGUACAACUCUUACUGAACAACGGUGCCGACAUCAAUUUAUGUUGCAACGAUGGAGACAGUCCUCUGUGGAUAUCUUGUCAAAAUGGACAUGAUAGCACGGUACAACUGUUACUGAAAAACGGUGCCGACAUCAAUUUAUGUGAUAAUAAUGGAGUGAGUCCUCUUUAUAUAGCUUGUCAAUAUGGACAUGAUAGCACUGUACAACUGUUACUGAACAACGGUGCCGACAUCAAUUUAUGUGAUAAUGAUGGAGUGAGUCCUCUUUAUAUAGCUUGUCAAUAUGGACAUGAUAGCACUGUACAACUGUUGCAGGACAACGGAGCCAACAUCAAUCUAUGUUGUAAUGAUUGA